AUGUUAUUCCUUCCAUUCCUCAUUUCUGUAGCUCUUGCUGCUCCACAAUACUAUAACUAUUAUCCCCAACAACAGCAACAACAGCAACAGCAAUAUUACUAUCCUCGACAACAGCAAUCAAAACCCCAACAACCAAGUGUUGUAUAUGUCCAACCACCACCAACCGCCAACCCAGUUCCAAAUAUGUUGGACGCCAUAUUCAAAGGUGUAGGUAUAGUUAUCGAUGCAGCUGGCAAAAUCAAACCAGCUGAAGUUGCUACAACUCCAGCUUCUUCUUUGGUUUUACAUGAUCAGGGUUUGGAUUUCAAUAGUUUGCUUCAAGGGCUUUUCAGCUCGAAGAACUCGCAAAGUGGUGGAUUAUGA